AUGGCCGGUGCUUUGGUAAGGAAGAUGAAGACACGCUGCGUGGUGGUGACGGUGGUGACCGUGGUGCUGCUGGGGCUGGUGCUGUUCCUGGGGCUGUUCUUCGGGCUGCGCUCAGGGGAUGCACACACGUACAGGAGGGCGGCCGUGGCCACCGACGCGGGGCCGUGCUCCGUCAUUGGGAGGGACAUCCUCAAACAAGGAGGAUCAGCAGUGGAUGCUGCAAUUGCAGCCCUGCUUUGUGUGGGACUCAUGAAUGCUCACAGCAUGGGCAUUGGAGGAGGCCUCUUCUUCACCAUCUACAGCAGCUCAGGAAAAGUGGAAAUCAUUAAUGCGAGAGAAGUGGCUCCAAAAAGAGCAUCAGAGAACAUGUUUGGGAACAACACACAGCUGUCUCUGAAAGGAGGACUGUCAAUUGCUGUUCCAGGAGAAAUCCGUGGCUAUGAGCUGGCUCACAAACGUCAUGGCAAACUGCCAUGGAAAGACCUGUUUAUGCCCAGUGUCAAGCUGGCAAGAGAAGGAUUCCCUGUUGGGAAAGGCCUUGCUGCAGCCAUCAAAUCAAAAGAGGAGGCGAUAGAAAGCAAUCCCUUGCUGUGCGAAGUGUUCUGCAAAGGAGGGAAAAUUCUGCAAGAGGGAGAAACCAUCAAGAUGCCCAAACUAGCCAACACCUAUGAGACUAUAGCCACAGAAGGAGCAGAUGCCUUUUACACAGGAAGCCUGGCAAAGCAGAUCAUUGCUGACAUCCACAACGCAGGGGGAAUUGUCACAUUGGAAGACCUGCGGGACUACAAUGCCACAGUGAUUGAGGACCCCAUACAAAUCAAACUCGGGGAGUUCACCCUCUAUACACCCAGUGCCCCCCUAAGUGGCCCAGUUCUGGCCCUCAUUUUCAACAUAUUGAAAGGAUAUAAUUUCUCUGCUGCCAGCAUCAAAACCGUGGAGGAGAAAGGUCUGACCUACCACCGCAUCGUGGAGGCUUUUCGCUUUGCCUACGCCAAGAGGACUUUGCUGGGAGACCCAAAAUUUGUCAACAUUACAGAGGCAAUCAGAAACAUGACGUCCGAGUUCUUUGCGGAUAGUCUCCGGAGGAAAAUCACAGACAACACCUCCCACCCAGUUGACUACUAUGAGCCCGUGUAUUACACUGGAGACAAUGCCGGUACAUCCCACAUCUCCAUUGUGGCUGAUGAUGGCAGUGCUGUGUCCGCCACCAGCACCAUCAACCAAUACUUUGGCUCUGAUGUACGAUCCAGCGUGAGCGGAAUCAUAUUUAAUGAUGAAAUGGAUGACUUCAGCUCACCUUACAUAAUCAAUGGAUUUGGGAUCCCUCCUUCUCCAGCAAAUUUCAUAGCUCCAGGUAAACAGCCCAUGUCCUCUAUGUGCCCCUCCAUUUUGGUGGAUAAAAUGAAAAAGGUGAAGAUGGUGGUCGGUGCUUCUGGAGGAACAAAGAUAACUACAGCAACAGCACUGACAAUCAUGAAUUCCAUCUGGUUUGGUUAUGAUGUGAAGAAAGCAGUGGAGGAGCCCAGAAUUCACGAUCAACUGUUUCCCAAUAUCACGGAGCUUGAGCAGCAAAUAGAGGAGGGCAUAGAGCAGCAGCUGCAGCAGAGGAGGCACGGCACGGCGCGGGUGAGCGGCGGCGCGGUGGUGCAGGCCAUCCUCAGGACAGAGCGCGGAUGGGCUGCGGCCUCCGACUCACGGAAAGGGGGCUUCCCUGCAGGAUACUGA